CAUUACCUCUUCACACUUCUUUUUCCCCUUCUUAUCUUCUUUCUCACAUAUCUUCAAAUCAUAAGAAAUAGUGAUGGGUAACUUAGCACAUUCGUGGCAGGUCUAUGCAGUCUGCUUCUUUGCCGCCAUCGGUGGUUUCUGUUUCGGUUACGAUACCGGUAUCAUUUCUGGUGUCUUGACCAUGAAGCACUUCAUCAACCUCAUGACUGACGGUACUCAAAUCGAACUCACUUCUCUCCAAACCGGUACCAUUACUGGUCUUCUUCUUGCUGGUUGUUUCGUUGGUGCUCUCGUUGCCAGUCCCUCUGCUGAAUACUUCAGUCGUAAGCGCUCUAUCAUUCUCGGUUCUUGCAUUUUCAUGGUCGGUGCUGGUAUCCAGUGCGGUACUCGCGGCUAUGCCAUGAUGAUUGUUGGUCGUGCUAUUGCCGGUAUCGGAAUUGGUAUGCUUUCCAUGCUUAUCCCUCUGUACCAGUCUGAGCUUGCUCCCAAGGAAAUUCGUGGUCGUCUCAUCUCUCUCCAGCAGUUCAUGAUUACCACCGGUUUGAUGGUUGCCUUCUGGGUCAACGUCGGUGGUGAUAAGAUCGACUCUGAUGCUUCCUUCCGUAUUCCUCUCGGUAUCCAGAUCGCCCCCGCCUUGAUUCUUGCCCUCGGUGCCAGUUUCCUCCCUUACUCCCCUCGCUGGCUCGUCAGCAAGAACCGCAACGAAGAGGCCUUGACCGUCUUGGCCAACCUCCACGCCAACGGUGACAAGACCAGCCCUUACGUUGUUCAGGAAUACGAAGACAUUGUCCACCAGAUCGAGUAUGAGCGUUCCGUUGCCGUCACUAGCUACCUCGAGCUCUUGAAGCCCGGACUCCGUCGUCGUCUCAUUUUGGGUAUCUUGAUCCAGGUCUUCCAGCAGUUCACCGGUAUCAACUCUAUCAUGUACUACGCUCCCAAGAUCUUCCAGCAGGCCGGUAUUGACGGCAACUCUGCCUCUCUCAUUGCCUCCGGUGUCAACGGUGUCCUUAACAUGCUUGCUACUAUUCCCGCUAUCGUUUACCUCGACAGACUCGGUCGUCGUAUGACUUUGAUCUCUGGUGCUUUGCUUAUGGGUACUUGCAUGUUGUUGGCUGGUAUUGUUAUGGACAAGGUUGUCGACAUGUCUGGUAACAAGGCUGCCUCUUACUUCUGUAUUGUCAUGAUCUACUUCUUCGUCGCCGGUUUCGCUUACUCCUGGGGUCCCGUCGGAUGGGUCUACCCCGCCGAGAUCUUCCCUGUCAGCGUCCGUUCCAAGGGUAACUCCAUCGCCACCGCUGCUAACUGGCUCAUGAACUUCGUCAUUUCCGAGAUUGUCCCUGUCAUGCUUUCCAAGAUUACCUGGGGUACUUACAUCUUCUUCGGCUGCUGCUGCGGUGUCAUGAGUGUCUGUGUCUACAUCUUCUUCCCUGAGACCAAGGGUCGCUCCCUCGAGGAGAUGGACAGUGUCUUCACCGGUAGCGUCUUCGCUUUCCGUGCCCAGGCUGCUCCUAACAUCGGUACCGUUGAGAUCAACGCCACCGAGAAGGUUGAAUCCAAGGAAGAGUUUUAAAAAAAAAGUUAAACAAAAAAUGUGUAGCUAUUUCAUUUCUUGUUUAGCACUCUUAAUAUUCCCUUCUUAUUUUUUUUCACCACCUUCCUCACUUCCCUAACUCUUCCUCUUUUUAACUAUCUACCUUAAUAUUUCAGCCAGGCUGCUGUAUAACUUAUCUUAAUCAACUCCUCUUAUCCCUCUUUAGUGACUUAUUCUUAUUAUCUAUAAUUCCUAUUUGUUAGGCUUAUUAGCCAACAGAUUUCUCUCUCUCUCUCCCACACACACAUCUUACGAUUUAGUUCCCAUUCGUAAUUUCAAUUACUAUUUUUUCUUUACCUUAAUAUUUAAAAAUAAUAAUAAAUAUAUAUUUAUCUCUCU